UUCCAAACCUGCAACUAUCAAAUCAAAGUCUCUUCAACUCAUUCUUCAACUCAUUCAUUCAAGACUUCCUUUUUCUCUCUAAAACUCUCUCUCUCUCUGUUAACUCUCUAUCUCUGAUUCUCAUCUCUCAUUGGCUCCCCUUCAAACGAAAGGCCAUGGACACGCACACUUUCUCUCUCAUUAUCUACUUGUUUAUCUCUCUCUAUCUCUACAUAAUCAUCAUUUUAGCAAAAAGCUUGUUUCCCGUGUUCUCAUUGGAUCAGUUCAUAUUAACUUCUCUCAAUCUUGAGCCUAAAACUCAACUCAAGAAACCCGAGAAACUUCAUUCCAGCCUCAGAGAAAAUAUUCUCUCUACCCAAGUACCAGGAGUUUCUCUCUCUAUUCUAAGCCCAAGAAUGAAUCUCUCUCUCUCUAGAACACUAGAAUCCCUGAAAUCUCUCUUCCUGAAAACAACACUCAUUCUUCCUACUUCCACGAUUCAAGAACUUUCUCUCUCUAGAAUCCCAACCAAAAAACACUCACUCUCUCUCUCUAAAAUCCCAGAAUCCCAAGUACCAGGGUGCCUGGUUCUCACAAAAAUCUUAAGCCUUAACAGCAAUAAAAAAUUUGAAACCAGUAUCAAAACAAAGAAGACUAGCAUUUUUCACUCUCUAGAAUCAACAAGCUCUCUCUGUAGAAUCAGCAAAGACGAGAUGGAUCGUCACGGGCAUGCGAUCUCGAACCGACGGUGCGUGUGGGUGAACGGCCCGAUCAUUGUUGGGGCGGGGCCGUCUGGGCUGGCAGUGGGUGCCUGCUUGAAGGAACAGGGGGUCCCGUUCGUCAUCUUGGAGCGCAGCGACUGCAUCGCAUCCCUCUGGCAGCGCCGCACCUACGACCGCCUCAAGCUCCACCUCCCCAAGCAAUUCUGCCAGUUGCCCCGCCUCCCAUUCCCCGACGAUUUCCCGACAUACCCCUCGAAGAACCAGUUCAUCUCCUAUCUUGAGGAAUAUGCUCGUCAUUUCGACCUCGCACCAAAGUUCAACGAGUGCGUGCAGUGGGCGAGGUUCGACGACACCUGCGGGCUCUGGCGUGUGUGCACUGCGAACCAGGGGAAGGCUUCAUAUGGUGGGGAGGUGGAGUAUAUAGCGAGGUGGCUUGUGGUGGCCACCGGGGAGAAUGCGGAAGCGGUGGUGCCAGACUUGGAAGGGUUAGGGGGAUUUAAGGGCAAGGUUUCACACGUUUGCGAGUACAAGCAGGGGGCAGUGUAUGGUGGGGACAGGGUUUUGGUGGUCGGGUGUGGGAAUUCAGGGAUGGAAGUGUGCUUGGACCUCUGCAACCACGACGCAAAGCCGGUCAUGGUGGUUCGAUCAUCGGUUCAUGUGUUACCAAGAGAAAUCCUUGGGAAAUCAACGUUUGAAACCGCAGUUCUUGAAGAAUGGCUCCCACUCUGGCUCGUUGAUAAACUCCUCUUGAUUUUGGCCUGGUUAGUGCUCGGAAAUGUCGAAAAGUACGGUCUGAAACGCCCGGAAAUCGGCCCCCUUCAGCUCAAAAACGCCAUGGGCAAGACCCCUGUUCUUGACAUUGGGGCCCUCGGCAAGAUAAAGUCCGGCGAAAUCAAGGUGGUGCCAGCUAUUAAGCGAUUGGAUUCGAACUCUGUCGAGUUUGUUAACGGAGAGAGGGUGGAGGUCGAUUCCGUGAUCUUCGCUACCGGAUACCGCAGCAAUGUGCCUUAUUGGCUACAGGAAUGUGAUUUCUUUUCGAAGAAUGGGUUUCCAAAGAAUCCAUUUCCCAAUGGUUGGAAGGGAAAGUCUGGUCUGUAUGCUGUGGGUUUCACGAGGAUAGGACUCUCUGGUGCAUCAGUGGACGCCAUGAAAAUAGCUCAAGACAUUGGCAAAAUGUGGAAAGCUGAAACCAGACAAACCAAACAGUUCAAUGCCUGUCACAGGAGAUGCAUCUCUCAGUUCUGAGAGUUUUCCCUUUCCCCACUGUAAUUCUUGGGGUUUUCAUCCUUUUCCAUUGUUGAAAUCAAAGAGAAAGAGGGAAGGGAAAAGAAACCAGUGAAAAAGACCUGUGUACAAUAGUGUACAGAGAGAAGCCCAAGUUUUGACAGGGAAUGGGCAGGUGUAGGUGGUGUACAAGGGGUGUAUAGGUGUAGAGAGAGAAAGUAUAGGAGAAAACAGAGGCCAGGAAAUUUUGGGCUUUUUCUUUUAUAUUUUCUUUUUAUUGGUUUUUGUUGAAAUAUUUGUAUACAAAGAAAUUUUGGAAGUUACAAGAUAAUUUUCAUGGACAUA